AUGGGAUCUAAACUUCUUCCUCUGCUUUUAUUCCUAACUCUCACUCUCAUCUUCUUUCCCUUCUCCGCCGCAUAUCACGUCGGCGUAAACUACGGCACGGUGGCCAACAACCUCCCACCGCCUCAUCAAGUCGUCAACUUCCUCAAAACAAAAACAAUCAUCAACCACGUCAAAAUCUUCGACGCAAACCCCAAAAUCCUCGUCGCAUUUUCCAACAUCACCGGAGGAAUCUCCCUCACCGUCACCGUCCCAAAUUCCGACAUCUCUUCCCUCUCCAAGCUUCCAAAAGCACGAUCAUGGCUCACCGAUCACAUCCUCCCUUUCCUCCCGGCAACCUCAAUCCGUUACAUCGCUGUCGGAAACGAAGUUAUUAUCAUCGCCACAUCCGACAAAACCCUCAUCGCUCACCUCCUUCCCGCCAUGGAGGCGCUUACGUCAGCAUUAGCCCUAGCUAACGUCACUGGAAUCUCCAUCUCCACGCCUCACUCACUCGGUAUCCUCCAGACCUCAGAGCCACAUAGCUCCGGGAAGUUCCGUAAAGCCUACGUUAAAGCCAUCUUCGAACCCAUCCUCAGCUUUCACAACCGCACCAAGUCUCCUUUCAUGGUUAACCCGUACUCGUAUUUCGGGAUCCGACCCGAAACGCUAAACUACGCAUUGUUCAACUCAAACGACGCCGUUUCCUACGAUCCCGUUACUAAGCUGAGAUACACCAACAUGUUCGACGCUCAGCUUGAUGCGGUUUACUCCGCGAUGAAUCGGCUCGGGUACGGUGACGUGGACAUCCUUGUGGCGGAGACCGGUUGGCCUUCGGCUGGUGAACCGAAUCAGACCGGCGUCGGUUUAGAUUACGCGGCGGCUUAUAAUAGGAACCUUAUAAAGCAUGUUAAUUCCGGUAAGGGCACUCCAUUGAUGCCAAACCGGGUUUUCGAGACUUGCAUUUUCGCUCUCUUUAACGAUAAUCUCAAACCGACGGUUUCCGAACAAAACUUUGGUUUUAAACCGGACUUUACUCCGGUGUACGAUGUCGGUAUCAUGAAAACUGAUCAGGUAAUGGAGACUACUCCGUUGGAUUCGACGAAGAAGUGGUGUGUACCACGAUCGGAGGCCUGA